UUGGCACUCGGCAUUCCUCGGUACAAAGAAUUCGGAAUGCUGUCUUGGUAGCCCUUUUACCAUAUGAUCAAAGGAUAUACUCCGAAUCUUAUUGCUCGACCAUGGAUUCAACCUCAAAAUCUCUGCAGCAUCUAUCCCCAUCAUCGACCACCCGACGCAACAAUACUUUUCGCAGCUCUCCUCGGUCCAGUCCGCCGUCUGUCUAUGUCCGUUCCCCGCCGUCUCCACCAGCAAGACCAGAGCCAUUGAAUCUUCAGACGCGACGGUUGCAAUUGCGAAACGCGCGUUUUCAAGGUGCUCGAAUCUCGCCAAAUAAGGUGGUGUCUGAUCGGUUCUCGACAUGGCGGUCUACAUCUCCGGCAUCUGAUAUCUCGGUUGACAAAGAAAACCGACCCGCUUCCCCAGACGACGCUGUUGAUCAACGACAACAAGACAAUAGAACGCCCGGGUCGACUCCGGCCUCAGCACGGAGACGAGUCAGCAUUUUACGAGAAAUUCAUGAUUCAUCUCAAAGGGGCCGAAAACUACGUCGUCCUUCUUUGUCACGACUCUUCGGACCGCCGCUCGAUGUUUCAGACCACUCUGUAAAUCAAAGAUAUUCGUAUACAUCCCCGUCAUCCUUUCGACGGUUGUCGCCAUAUUCCAUUUUCAGGGACAAUGACGCGGAUCCCCUGAUGACUACCCAAAAUCAGCACAACCGGUCAUCGCCGUUGUCGACUUUGAACACCAACCGAUUGAGAAGCAAUAGUCGAGAUAGGGCGAGCAACUACGCAACAGAGAGGUAUAUCGAGCAUCUUGAAGAACAGCUAGCGGCUAUGCAAAACCAAUCGAGCCCAAUGCAGGAGUCAUAUACUAAAACUCAUGUCUCCAAGGUGAGAACAUUGAAUGCUGAAAUCAAAGUGUUACGGCAGGAGGUCGCGGAAUGGGAGGACAAGUUCGAUAUCCGAGUACAUGAAGAAGUAGGACGUCGAACGGAAAUUGAAAACAAGCUCCGGACCAGGAUCAUCUUUCUGGAAGGUGAGCUGGAGGAUUAUGUCGCGCGUAUCAGGGAACUGGAGCAUGAGCGAGAUUUGCAGGCGCAAAAGUUACGGAACGUUGAAUCUCUGAGGUCUACGAAUCGGAGCCUGGAAAGACGCAUUGAUGUUUUGACCCAACUUCUCGCAGAGUCUCCAACAAAAGUAGAACCUCGAAGUCCAGAAGUGUCGCCCACCCGCAGUCCUGGUCCCCGCCUGUCUCGACCAAAAUCCAUGCUCCCGGCGAUGCCGCUACGUCAAGACAUUACCUACCAGCCCUUGGUCGAUCCGAGCUCUGUUGUUACUCCAGAGGCGAGUGUUGAAACCCAUCCAGAGCCAGAAGUGCCCGACCUGAUUUCCGAUGAUUCUACUGUUGCUUCAUCAGUAUUGUCCCAGUCUAAACGUUCGUCUACGGCAUCUCACCCAUCGCCAAUUUCAUCGCAAUGGAGUGUUCCUCUUCCAUUCUCACCAGAGCUGCAGGGCAAGACUACAGGACGGCCACGGAAUAUGCGUCGGUUUCCAUCGGGGACAUGCACUUUGAAACCUUUGAUAUUGCCAACUACUGCUACUCCUACGCCCACAUCGCCACACCGACCUUCUACUUCCGGCGGACCAUACUCUUCGAUCUACAGUCCUGGUUACGAACGAGGUGCGACAGAAGUUGCCACGGGACUUGUGCAAGAAGAAACAUUGGCUGCCUUGGAAGGUCGUACACAGCAUUAUCAAGCAUAUGAAGAUGCAAUGUCGGAGCUGGAGGAUGGCGACAUGUCGGAUUCGCCACUGUCAAGGAAGUCGGGACCUGAUGUUAAACGAUUCUCGACAACACUGUAUUCUGAACUGGAGGAAGCAGAACGUAACGAUGAAUCAACCAGCCAAACUUCUCGGCUUAGCACUCCUGUUGGAUCAUAUCGUCUGAACGUCCGCAGUAGCUACAGCACGCCAAAGGCAUAUAACAGUGUAUCCUUAUCUAUGCGAAAAACUAGUGAUGUUGACUUGGAAGCCGGUACGGGUGUCGGCCAAGAAAGAAAAAAGUCAUCUUUUGCUCGAACAUUGAUUGCAGGAAUAUGGACCAAGACCGCCAAACAACUCAGCCGACUAUCCUGGUGGGUCUUGGGAUUCCUUUUCGGAUCUGAACAGCGAAACGAGUGGAUGAACGCUGCUUCUUCGUUACGGAUGCGAAUGAAACCAGAGACUCGACGUCGGUCUUCACAGCAUGUGUGUGAUGCAUGCGGCCACGGUUCGCAGGACGUCAAACGUGCCAGCGGCAAUCCGACGAACAACAAUCUUGAUGGCAUCAAUCGUACGAUAGUUAUGUGGACAAAGCUCUCAAUUGCGAUGAUAGUAGCUUUUGGACGUGCUGUUCGUUAUGGACCUGAAACAGUAUUAUUGGAGAAACUGGACAACGAACUAAAACGUAGCUCUCGCCCGUCGUCAGUUCAUCAGAGGCCGGCCAGAAACAGAUCAAUCGAGACGGAUUCAUUUGGUCAUCACAACAAGGAUGAAUUGGAGACUCCACCUAAGAACACAUCGGAUGAAUAUACAACCUGGCCGAUGAAACCCUUGACAGUUGAGGACUUUUUCAUCACCUGAUCAGUCCGUCCUUCUCUCACCAACCCAUGGAAAAGGAACACAUCUAAUGACGAAUGAACCAUACAAAAGAAAAGAGGACCUGCCCUGAGAAAGUGGUAGUUCGAACCGUCGGAUAUACUCUUUCUUUUAUCUCCCCUUUCGUAGGGACGGCGCUAUACCCUUUCACUUCGAUAUGAAGGGGUACUAAUCAUUCUUGUAAUUAUUAUUAUUUCUAUCGUGUUUGAUAAUUGUAAAUAGGUAUACAUAGCAAGAAAUGAAUCGAUUG